AUGGCGCUGGCGGCGGCGGCGGUGGCGGCCGGGGCUCGGCUGGGCCGGCGGCUGGGCGGCCCCGGGUGCUGGCGCGGGCACUGGACGGCGGCCGGGCGCUCGCGGAGCCGGCGCGAGGCGGCCGAGGCCGAGGCGGACGCGCCGGUGGCGCAGUACGUGGGCGAGCGGGCGGCGCGCGGCCAUCGCGUCUUCGUGUGGGGCUUCAGCUUCUCGGGGGCGCUGGGCGUGCCCGGCUUCGUGGUGCCCAGCUCCUCGCCCCGGCCCCGCGCCGGCUCCCGGCCGCGCCGCCGCAUCCAGAACGUGCCCUACCGCCUGGAGCUGGACCAGAAGAUCUCGUCUGCUGCUUGCGGCUAUGGCUUCACCUUACUGUCCUCCAGAACCAAGGAUGUCACCAAAGUCUGGGGAAUGGGGCUCAACAAGGACUCGCAGCUGGGCUUCCACAGGAGCCGCAAAGAUAAGAACAGGGGCUACGAAUAUGUGUUGGAACCCUCACCCGUCCCGCUGCCUCUGGACAGACCUCAGGAGACCCGGGUGCUGCAGGUGGCCUGUGGCAGGGCGCACUCCCUGGUGCUGACGGACAGCGAAGGAGUCUUCAGCAUGGGGAACAAUUCCUACGGGCAGUGCGGAAGGAAGGUGGUGGAAGGUGAAGUUUACAGUGAAAGUCACAAAGUCCACAGGCUGCAGGACUUCGAUGGACAGGUGGUCCAGGUCGCCUGUGGUCAGGAUCACAGUCUCUUUGUCACGGAUCGAGGAGAAGUCUAUUCGUGCGGAUGGGGCGCUGACGGGCAAACAGGUCUGGGCCACUACAACAUCACCAGCUCCCCCACCAGGCUGGGAGGAGACCUCGCUGGCGUGCGCGUCAUCCAGGUGGCCACCUACGGCGACUGCUGCCUGGCUGUGUCUGCCGACGGGGGUCUCUUCGGUUGGGGCAACUCUGAGUACCGGCAGCUGGCAUCCGUCACUGACUCCACACAGGUCAACGUGCCCCGGUGCCUGCCCUUCGCAGGGGUGGGGACAGUGAAGCAGGCUGCCUGUGGCGGCACAGGCUGUGCCGUGGUGAACGGAGAAGGCCAUGUGUUUGUCUGGGGCUAUGGAAUUCUUGGGAAAGGCCCAAACCUGCUGGAAACGGCGCUUCCAGAAAUGAUUCCCCCGACCCUCUUUGGCCUGACGGAGUUCAGCCCCGAUGUCCGUGUUUCCCACAUCCGCUGUGGCCUCAGCCACUUUGCUGCCCUCACCAACCGCGGAGAGCUGUUCGUGUGGGGCAAGAACGUGCGAGGGUGCCUGGGGAUUGGCCGCCUGGAGGACCAGUAUUUCCCAUGGAGGGUGACGAUGCCCGGGCAGCCCGUGGACGUGGCCUGUGGAGUGGAUCACACAGUGACCCUGGCCAAGUCAUUCAUCUGAGUCUCCCCCCGCUGGCGGCUCUGCAGAGGCAGGGGCCAGGCUAGCUGCCAAGGGGGCAGGCCCGCUGGUGUAGACGCCCGGUACUGGCUGGCUCCCAAGCCCUCAGUGGGUCCCUGUGGGGGUCCUGGAGUGAGUGUAACCUCCAACGGGCAGGCCUCCAAGGGGACAGGGACCGGGAGGCGAUUCCACACUUCAUGGCUGUUUGUGGGUAAGCCAUGCUGGCCUCUGGCGUCACAUGCUGCCGGAGACCCUGGGUUUGGGAAGGAUGUAGUCUCCUGGGUCACUGUGUCCGACUGUAAGGCGUGGGCCGACUCAGGCUCUGGCUCCUUGCAGCGCAUCCCGCGCCCUGGGCCAGCUGUGCCGUGUGUCUGGGACAGGCAGGUUGCAGUUUAGUGGUGGCAGCCAGGCUGGCCACAGCCUGGGGCUGUCCCUCACCAGUCACCACAGGCUGGCUGCUGGGACUCGCACCCGGCUGGGGAUCCUGCCCACGGCUGCCCCGGUAGGCUUGACCUGGGGCCAGAUUUUGGCCCAGGAGGGGGAAGGAUCCAGAAAUCACACACACGUACACAUAAAAACCCCAAAACCCAAAAAGCCCAACCAUCUGAUUUAGGACCCCAGCUUGUCUUUGUCUUUGAAAAUAACUUAUAAAAAAAUGUCUUUUGGAAUAAAAAUCUAU